UCGUACAGAUUGGGGAGCGGCUGCCAAAAGUUCAAAUCUCCAUCCCGUCCCGCUCUUAUUUUGAGCAUUCAGAGAGAGAGAGAGAGAGAGAGAGAGAGGGCAAAAAGGAAGAGAGAGAGAGAGAGAGAGAGAGAGAGAGAGAGAGAGAUAACAACUAAACUCGUGAGUGCCUGGAUCUACAGAAGAAAACCUCAUAGGCGCCGGCCGACUCUCUCUCUCUCUCCUCGUUCUUCGUUAAAAAAUGUCGAAAGAGAAAGGCGUCAAUGUUCAAGUCCUUCUCCGUUGCAGGCCAUUUAGCGAAGAUGAGUUGAGGAACAACGCGCCGCAGGUGGUGACCUGCAACGAGUACCAGAGAGAAGUAGCAGUCUCUCAAAACAUUGCCGGGAAACACAUCGAUAGGGUUUUCACGUUCGACAAGGUUUUUGGCCCUUCAGCUCAACAAAGGGAUCUUUAUGAUCAAGCAGUUGUUCCCAUUGUUCAUGAAGUUUUGGAGGGGUUCAAUUGCACCAUUUUUGCAUAUGGACAAACUGGUACAGGAAAAACUUACACCAUGGAAGGAGAAUGUAAGAGGUCAAAGAGUGGACCUAAUGGGGAGUUGCCUCAAGAAGCAGGUGUCAUACCUAGAGCUGUGAAGCAAAUUUUUGACACGUUGGAGGGUCAGAAUGCUGAGUAUAGUGUUAAAGUCACUUUCUUAGAGUUGUAUAAUGAGGAGAUCACUGACUUGCUCGCCCCUGAGGAGAUAUCUAGGGUUCCGGUGGAGGAUAGGCAGAAAAAACAGUUGCCUCUCAUGGAAGAUGGGAAAGGUGGCGUUCUUGUAAGAGGAUUAGAGGAGGAAAUUGUGACAAGUGCUAAUGAGAUUUUUACUCUACUUGAAAGAGGGUCUGCAAAACGUCGCACUGCUGAAACUUUAUUAAACAAACAAUCAAGUCGGUCCCAUUCCCUUUUUUCCAUAACUAUACACAUCAAGGAAGCAACCCCAGAAGGUGAAGAGCUUAUCAAAUGUGGCAAGUUGAAUCUGGUUGAUUUAGCUGGUUCAGAAAAUAUUUCUCGCUCUGGUGCUAGGGAGGGCCGUGCAAGAGAAGCUGGAGAGAUAAACAAAAGUUUGCUAACUCUUGGACGAGUUAUUAAUGCUCUUGUGGAGCAUCUUGGGCACAUCCCUUACAGGGAUAGCAAGCUUACUCGUCUGCUUCGUGAUUCACUGGGAGGAAGAACCAAGACAUGCAUUAUUGCAACAGUAUCACCUGCAGUACAUUGUCUGGAGGAGACAUUGAGUACACUGGAUUAUGCACAUAGGGCAAAAAAUAUUAGAAAUAAGCCAGAGGUCAACCAGAAAAUGAUGAAAUCAACACUGAUAAAGGAUCUUUAUGGUGAAAUUGAACGGCUGAAGGCAGAGGUCUAUGCUGCUCGUGAGAAAAAUGGUGUCUAUAUACCGAAGGACCGAUACUAUCAGGAAGAAAGUGAAAAGAAGGCAAUGGCUGAUCAGAUUGAACAAAUGGGUGUUACAAUAGAUACUCAUCAGAAGCAACUUGAAGAACUGCAAGAUAAAUAUGAUGCUCAGGUUCAAGAAUGCUCUGGUUUAAGCAGUGAACUUGGUGCCACCAAGAGAAACUUGAACCAAACAAGCAAAUCGUUGGCUUGCACUGAGGAAGAGUUAAGGAGAUGCCAGUAUGCUCUCAAGGAGCGUGAUUUUGUCAUAUCUGAGCAUAAAAAAGCAGAAAAUGCAUUGGCUCAUCAAGCAUGCGUCUUGCGAUCUGACUUGGAGAAAUCUCUGCAGGAUAAUGCUUUGUUAUAUUCGAAAAUCGCAAGAGAAGACAAACUGAAUGUUGAUAACAGGUCAGUUGUGAAUGAUUUCCAAGCCGAUCUAGUGCAGCAACUAGGUUCCCUUUGUAAUACCUUAGCAACCUCAAUGUCUCGUCAAAAUGAACACCUCCAGUGCAUUGAGAAACUUUGUCAGUCGUUUUUGGACAUACACAAUAAGGCCAUCAUGGAUUUAAAGAAAAAAAUGACUGCUUCUAGGGCGCUGUAUAUAUCUCACAUUGAGGCAAUACAAAAUGUUGUUCGUCUGCACAAUGCAAGCUCUGAUGCUGGUUUAGAGGAGAUUUCAGCCUCAGUUUCUUCUAAUGCAUCUUCUAUUGAGCAAUUUUUAGCUGCAGAGGCUGUUGAAGCGAAUUCUAUUUUUGAGGAUCUUCAAGGCACUCUGUCAACUCACCAAGGAGAAAUGGCUCAUUUCGCUAGAGAUCUUCGCCAGAGAUUUAAUGUAAGUAUUGAGCACUCCAAGAAUAUGUCAGAGUUCACCAAUGGAUUUCUCCAUAAGCUUAUGGAAGAAUCAGGAAAGCUUCAAAGCCAUGUAACCAAAAUUGAUGACAUCCAAUCAAGAAGUAUAGUAGAGUUUCAGAAGGCUUACGAGGAGCAAUCAAAAUCAGUUGCAGAGAAGCUUAUUGCUGAUGUAACUGGCCUAGUCUCUAAUCAUAUUCGUCGCCAAAAGGACUUGGUGGAUGCACGGCUCAUUAGUCUCAAAGAAACAGUUGUUGGAAAUAAGAAAUUUUUGGACGGGCAUGUUUCCUCGAUGGAGGGUAUCACUACAGAUGCAAAAAGAAAAUGGCAGGAGUUAUCCUUGCAAGCAGACAAUGAUGCAAAAGAUAGUGCAGAUUUCUCUGCUGCCAAACAUUGCCGUAUGGAGUUACUCCUCCAGCAAUGUGUAAACACUACUGAAGCAGCUUCCAAGCAGUGGAAAGGGACACAUGAGACCAUUAACGAAAUGGGUUGUCAACAUGUUUCAACGUUGGUCUCCCUUGUCAGGAAUGUGUCUGAUAGUAAUGAGCAACAUGAUACUGAGAUUAGCUUGGCAAGGGCUUCAGUUGAAGAUGAUGUGGCAAAAAAUAGUGAAGAUAUUAUUCAGCAGUUUGAUUGUGUAUCAGAGCAGGAAUGUGGCUCUGUAAGUGGUAUUUUGAGUGCAGUCAAGGCUCAUGUGACUACUCUUGAGGUUCUCCGGGAGAAUCAUUCCGGCCAAUCGGCUUCUAUUGAACAAAAAGCACUGGACACCUUCCAACAGAAAUACAUGGAUUACGAGCCUACCGGCACAACACCAAUCAGAAGCGAGCCAGACAUUCCCAGCAAGGGGACAAUUGAAUCGCUUCGAGCCAUGCCCAUGGAAUCCCUGGUAGAGGAAUUCCGAGAAAACCAUUCGUACGAAUCAUUUGAAGUAAAGGGCCUGAAGCCGUCUCUUAUACCACGCUCGCCUCUCACUCAACUCAAUUCGUAAGAGGCAUCACUCAUGCCCAUUUGUCUGACUUGUAGUUGUAUUCUUCUUGUAUACUGUUAUUAUUCGCUUUCGAAAAAUACAGCGAUGUGGCUGGCUGGUCUCAGGGGGUUAGCAAUACUGGGUAGUGUUGAAUGUAAUAUCUUAAUGAAUCUGAAAUAAAUCCCUACUCGGGAUUUACCAAAUGUUUGUUCUGUUGAGGAAUUUGUUAUCUAAUGUAAGAUUUUCUGUUAGAUUACCGGAAA